CUGCCCGUGAGCGUCGCCAUCCGUCGCUGGCACUCUGCCGUCUCUGCAGCUCGAAUCGUGCAGCCGCAGCAGUGCCCAUUGCCUCGCCCGCUACUCGCUGCCUGCUGCCAUCCACGGCUCGCCCCGCCGCCGUCUGGUCAUAUGGCGCCCACUCGCCCCGAGUCAAGCUUUGCGCCCUCCCUCGCACACUCGCUCGCUCCAAGCCCCUGCUGCCCACGCUGAGCGCCCUCAACAUGCGCGUGCUGCAGCACCGUCCUCUGCCAUGGCCGCGGCUCCUUGCUGUGCCGGCGCAGAAACGCGCCUUCUCUUCGACGCCACGGCGCCGUGACAUCAGGUCAAUAUCCGAGCUGCCUCUGCGCACAACGCCGUCGUACAUCCAGUCGCCCGCCAACACGCUCCUCCGUCUGCAGUGGCCCUCGCCGCUGCGGAACAUCCUCGUCACCAAAAAGAAGCGCACGCCCAACAUCACCGAGUCCGUCGUCGAGUUCACGUCGCACAUCCGCUCCACCUACCCCGCCAUCAACGUCAUCUUCGAACCCGAAACCGCAGACGAGCUGCAUGGCCAGCUGCCUUUUCCAGUAUACACAUAUCAGAAGAAGAAUGGUAUACCGCGCCAUCUCUCGGAUAAAACCGACCUGGUCUGCACCCUCGGAGGCGACGGGACACUGUUGAGGGCCAGCAGUCUUUUCAGCCAUUCCGAAAAUGUCCCGCCCGUCUUGAGCUUUGCCAUGGGCACCAUUGGCUUCCUGGGCGAGUUCAAGUUCAAAGAAUACAAGAGGGCCUUUCGCGAGGUCUACAUGAGCGGUGCGCCAGACACGUACGCUACUCUUUCGGAUUCACUGGGCAAGAGCCCGCCAAGCCUGCCUGCAUCGCCCGAUGAUCCACUGGAUAGACCACUGAGCUACGCAGACAUACGCGGCAAGGCAAUGGGAAGUAACAGGACUGCCCGCAUUCUACUGCGCAACAGGCUCAAGGUUGGCGUGUUUGGGCCUGACGGGAAGAGGAUAGGCGGUGCAGCCGAGGGCGAUACCUAUGCGCUCAACGAAGUCACGCUUCACCGCGGCUCCAGUCCACAUCUCAAAAUCAUCGACGUCUACGUAAACAACCGAUUCUUGACAGAGGCAGUCGCCGACGGCAUGAUUAUCAGUUCGCCUACGGGUUCGACCGCAUACUCACUGUCAUCUGGCGGAAGCAUCGUGCACCCCCUUGUUCCAGCCAUAUGCCUCACACCCAUCUGCCCCCGCUCGCUCUCCUUUAGGCCUCUGGUACUACCUGCCGAGACGCCCGUCACGCUGCGGCUAGGCGAGAAGAACAGGGGCAGAGAAGUAGAAGUCAGCAUUGAUGGAAACACCAUUACCGAAAGAUUGGGUACUGGCAUGGAGGUGCGCAUAGGCGGAGAGGAGGUCAAGCGAGAUGCUCGAGGUUGGGAGGGUGGUGUACCCAGCAUUGUCCGUGGUACAACAGGCAAGGAGGAUAUGGCCGAGGACCACUGGGUGGGCGGGCUGAAUGCGCUGUUGAAGUUCAACUAUCCAUUCGGGGACCAGGAUUCUUGACCUUGAACUAUUGUUUCCAAGUCUCCGGAGUGAGACUAGACAUCACUGGCAUGUCACAAGCACGCGCAUAUAAUACUCUCACCAGAGCAUCCACAGCAUCCAUAAAAUCUCAACUUCUA